CCACAGAGGACAGAGAGGCGACACACACUGAAGACUGCUAGAUCUGGUUCUGAGGUUCUGCUCGGAGGUCUGGAUCAUGAUAGAACCAACAUCUAAAGCAGCCGUUGUUCUGCUGCUUCUCCUGCACAGCUGUGUGGCUACCAAUGUUUUCCUCAACAGCCACCUGGCGUCGCAAGUUUUAGUCCGAAACCGAAGAGCCAAUCAGAUCUUUGAGGAGGUGAAACCAGGGAACCUGGAGCGGGAGUGUGUGGAGGAAAUCUGCGAUCAUGAAGAAGCCAGAGAGGUGUUCGAACAGACGGAUAAAACGGAGACCUUCUGGGAGAAGUACCUAGACUGUAAGGGAACUCAGAUGACGAGAACAGCAGAAAACAUCAACCUGGUCAGACAGUGCAUUGAAGGUCAGUGCAUCUCUGGUCAGGGACUGAACUAUGAAGGAAACAUCAACAUCACAAAGACUGGUCGGAUGUGUCAACACUGGAGGCAUCGCUUCCCCCAUCCCAUCUACCGGGAGUAUAAUGUUUCAGAGCCAAACAGCAUUCUGGUGGAGAACUUCUGUAGGAACCCUGACAAGAAUCCAGAUGGCCCUUGGUGUUUCACCCAAGACCCCACGGUCCAGAAAGAGAUAUGCAGGGUCCCAACAUGUGGUGAGGACUUUGUCCCCCCUACUGUGACCCCUAAGUCGGUCAGAAAUACAGAGUGUUUACCCAGCUAUGGCAUCGACUACGUUGGCGACCUGGACGUCACCUUGGGAGGCCACACCUGUCUGCAGUGGUCGUCACCGGAAGCAACGGCCCUCAGCCAGGACAAAGAGUUCAUCCCUGAGGUCAUUCUGUUGAGCAACAAGUGCAGGAACCCUGACAACGACCCCGAGGGCCCCUGGUGCUAUGUGGACGUCUCUGGAAACAUCACAGUCGACUACUGUGACCUGGAACUGUGUGACGAUCCUCUGGUUGGUGGAGAACAGACGACGGAAACCGGAGGCAUGGAGCGAUCCGUCUUGGGGCCCGCCAAGAAACUCUUCUUCAACCCACGAACAUUUGGACAAGGAGAGAGCGACUGUGGACAGCGCCCCCUGUUUGAAAAGAAGGGCAAGACGGACGCCAAGGAGGACGAGCUGCUGGCGUCCUACAGAGAGAAACGUAUCGUUGGAGGCGACGAUGCCGAGGACGCCUCAGCACCAUGGCAAGUGAUGCUGUACAAACGCAGCCCACAGGAGCUGCUGUGUGGAGCCAGUCUGAUCAGUGAUGAGUGGAUCCUCACUGCAGCCCACUGCAUCCUGUACCCGCCCUGGAACAAGAACUUCACCACCAACGACAUCCUGGUCCGUCUGGGAAAACACAACCGAGCCAAGUUUGAGCGUGGAGUUGAGAAGAUCGUCGCCAUCGAUGAAAUCAUCGUCCACCCCAAGUACAACUGGAAGGAAAACCUGAAUCGAGACAUCGCCUUGCUGCACAUGAGACGACCAGUAAAAUUCACUGAUCAGAUCCACCCGGUCUGUCUCCCCAACAAGAAGGUCGCCAAGUUUCUGAUGACUGAAGGCUUUAAGGGACGAGUGACCGGUUGGGGAAACCUGAAGGAAACCUGGAACCCAGCAGCAAGAAAUUUACCCACAGUCCUCCAGCAGAUCCAUCUACCAAUCGUGGACCAGGACAUCUGCAGAACCUCCACCUCAGUCCGGAUCACCAACAACAUGUUCUGUGCUGGAUAUAAACCAGAAGACAGCCAACGAGGCGACGCCUGUGAGGGAGACAGCGGUGGACCGUUUGUGAUGAAGUACCCGGCAGAGAACCGCUGGUACCAGGUGGGCGUGGUGUCGUGGGGAGAAGGCUGCGACCGCGACGGAAAGUACGGCUUCUACACUCACCUGUUCAGGAUGAGCAGGUGGAUGAGGAAAGUUAUCGAGAAGACGGGAGGAGACGACGACUAGACAGAAACCAGAUGACAUCAUUUCCUGUCAGAGCAGCAAGCUGCUAAUAAAGUUUAUCCACAUCUCA